AGCACCCCGCCCAACUGUUUAACAGUCUCGACCUGAGGUAAGGGCGCGAGCUCGCCAAACUCUCGGAGUCUCGGCUUCUUUCUUAGUCGUGGCUGGUCUUAAUCCUCUACCCUUGCACAUGCGCAAUCAGUUUCCCCGGUCCAGCCUCCCCAACCCCGCUUCCCCUUCCCCGGUGCCGAUUGCGCAUUCGCAGGGCCCCAGUCUGCAUCUUCCCGGCAUCCUUCGCGGGUCGCGCAGGAACCGUAGAAGCGAUCGGCGGACCGGCCGCAACAUGGCUGCGUCAGCUGCCCCUGCAGUUCAGGUGGUGGAGAUGGAGGGGGUGGAAGCAGCCGCCUCCGGGCCCGUGGGGCUGGGAGCGGAAGGCAUGGGCGUUAGCGGCAGCGUAGCCGCCGAGGCCGGGCUCGGGGCUGGGCUCGGGGCUGGGCUCGGGGCCGGGCUCGCCUCCAUGGCGGAGGUGGUCGGCGGGGAGCCAGGCCCGGAGUCGGAGGACUUCGAAUGCAGCACGCACUGCUCGGAGCUUUCGUGGCGACAGAACGAGCAGCGGCGCCAGGGCCUCUUCUGCGACAUCACGUUGUGCUUCGGCGGCGCGGGCGGCCGCGAGUUCCGCGCCCACCGUUCCGUGCUGGCCGCCGCCACCGAGUACUUCACGCCCCUGCUCUCAGGCCAGUUCUCCGAGUCCCGCUCAGGCCGUGUGGAGAUGCGUAAAUGGAGCUCGGAGCCCGGGCCCGAGCCCGACACGGUGGAGGCCGUCAUCGAGUACAUGUACACCGGCCGCAUCCGUGUCAGCACCGGCAGCGUCCACGAGGUCCUGGAACUGGCCGACAGGUUCUUACUGAUUCGUUUAAAAGAAUUUUGUGGAGAAUUUCUCAAGAAAAAACUCAAUCUCUCAAAUUGUGUGGCUAUUCACAGUUUAGCCCACAUGUACACCCUGAGCCAACUUGCUCUGAAAGCUGCAGAUAUGAUAAGGAGGAAUUUUUAUAAAGUGAUCCAGGAUGAAGAAUUCUACACUUUACCUUUUCAUCUCAUUCGAGAUUGGCUUUCAGACUUGGAAAUUACAGUUGAUUCAGAAGAGGUUCUCUUUGAAACCGUUUUGAAGUGGGUUCAGAGAAAUGCUGAAGAGAGGGAGCGAUACUUUGAAGAACUUUUUAAAUUGCUUAGGUUAUCACAGAUGAAACCUACUUAUCUUACACGGAAUGUCAAGUCAGAAAGGCUGGUGUCCAUUAAUGAAGCUUGUGUCAAAUUAGUUUCUGAUGCUGUGGAAAGCCAUGCUCUAAGAGCAGAGAAUUUGCAGUCUGGUAAUUUGCAGCAUUCAGUGUCGCCUGUUGGAUUACUCCCACGGUAUGGACAAAACAUGGAUGUGAUUAUGGUAAUUGGUGGUGUGUCAGAAGGAGGAGACUACUUGAGUGAAUGUGUGGGAUAUUUUAUUGAUGAAGACAGAUGGGUAAACCUGCCACAUAUUCAUAAUCACCUGGAUGGACAUGCUGUUGCAGUGACUGAAUCUUACAUUUAUGUUGCUGGGUCAAUGGAACCUGGAUUUGCCAAAACUGUGGAAAGGUAUAAUCCAAAUAGAAACAUGUGGGAGCAAGUUUGUAAUUUAAUGACAAGGAAGCAUUCUUUUGGCCUCACAGAAGUAAAGGGAAAACUGUAUAGUAUUGGAGGACAUGGCAACUUUAGUCCUGGUUUUAAAGAUGUAACUGUAUAUAAUCCUGAUCAAGAUAAAUGGCACAACUUGGAGUCAGCACCAAAGAUUCUUCGUGAUGUCAAAGCAGUCACCAUCGAAGAAAGAUUUGUGUACAUUGCUGCCCGUACUCCUGUGGACAGUGACAGUGAAGAUGGAUUAAGGUCUAUCAUUACCCGCUAUGAUACAGAGACUCGGCAGUGGCAAGAUGUGGACUCCUUGCCACUUAUUGACAAUUACUGCUUUUUCCAGAUGUCUGUAGCCAGUACAAACUUCUACCACACCGCCUCAUGCUGUCCAAAGAGUUAUCCUUUGGAUAACGAAGAGGCAAAGAGAAAAAUCUCCGGCCGAGUAUCUGAUGAGAUCCUUGAAAGCUUACCUCCAGAAGUCCUUAGCAUAGAAGGAGCAGCUAUUUGCUAUUACAAAGAUGAUGUUUUCAUCAUUGGGGGUUGGAAAAACAGUGAUGAUAUUGACAAACAAUAUCGUAAAGAAGCCUAUCGUUACUGUGCUGAGAGAAAGCGGUGGAUGCUCCUUCCUCCCAUGCCACAACCUCGUUGUAGAGCAACUGCUUGCCAUGUGAGAAUUCCCUACAGGUGCUUGCAUGGUAGCCAAAAAUACCCCAUGCCCCAAAAUUUAAUGUGGCAGAAGGACAGAAUACGACAGAUGCAAGAAAUACAUCGACAUGCACUAAGUAUGCGGAGGAUGCCACGCUCUCAGAUUGAAUGCUAAGUUCUUGUUCCUUGUCCACAGUAACCACUGUUUCAGUGAAGCUAAACACAUACAGUCUUAAUAUUGAAAGAAAGUAGUAUGCUAGCCACUCAGAUUUGUACCCUGAAUUGGUAGAUGGUUUUAUCCCAUGUAAAAGAGCUGGGAAACUGAAACACAAUAGAGGGGUGGGGUAGCUGUGUGACCCUGGGCAAGUAACUUAACCCCAAUUGCCUCACCCCCCCCCCCCAAAAAAAAAACCCAAAACAAAACAAAAAAAACAAAAGAAUAGAAGGGUGGGUAAUGUGUUUGGGAUAGUUUGCUUCCUUGUCCUUUAAAUGUGCAUAUAGUAGCCAGGUCAAAUAAGAUUUUGCUGUAUGUGAAGAAAGUCAAAUAUCAUCAUUUAACUGUUUUGUACCAUCCCAAGUUCCUUCAUCUUAAGGACUUCUAGUUGAUGUGUGCUUUCUUAAGCACCAAUUUUAUUUGCACUUUUCUUAUGUUACUUUUAAUCUUUUCCUGAAUGGUUAAAUUUGAAGGGAAGAUUGGUGUCUAUGCACUUAGUUCUCUUAUGGAGGAGGCAUGUGCAAUAGUCUGGCAGACUGAAAUUUUAAAGGGAAAGCACAAUUUUUCAGUAAGAGAUGACUGCAGGAUGUUUCUAUGGCAGGUAUUUUAUAUGUAUUUAUCAACACUACCAUGUUUACUUAGAGUAGGGAUUAGUAGAAAAUUCACACACACAUAUAUAUAACAUUUUUUGAACUUUUAACAUUUGUUUGGCAACUAUCACAGACUUUAACUCACUAAUUUGGUGAAAGCAGUUGGCCAAAAAGUCACUUAUUCUGUUUUCUUAGCUAUGUACAUACAGAGAAAGUUCUAUACAUGGAAAGAACAGAACACAAUACUUUGGAAAAAACACAAGUUGGUAUAAACUGAAAAAAUAUUUUGUGACACUAUCAAAGUCAGGCAUUUGAGAAGUUGAAGAACUUACAUUUUCAGAGGUUGCAAGUAUAGUUUAGAACAAGUUUGAUAAUGUAAAUAUGCCUGUGACAAUCAGCAUGUGAUGCUAAUGCCUUCAAUUCUGAUUCUCUGUUGUGCAAAUUGUCUGGUUUAUUCAAAAUCAUUCCUUUCUAAGAAGUACAUACUGUUUUUUUUUAAUGGGAAGUAAAAUUUUAAGCUAUAAUUACUACAGAAAGGCCUUAUCCUGUGCCCAACAUUUCUAAUAUUAAUUUAAUCAGUUGCCAUAGACUGAGUGAAAAUGUUGCCUGAUACUGAAAUACCAAAUUUGGGUAUAUCAUUUUGACCUUUUGAAAUUGUCACUGUAGCUCAUUUUAAAAUUUUAUAUUCUUUAUUAUUCUUCCUGCCUUUUUUUUUUUUUAAAUUCAAUUCACUAUCUUAUUCUCGAAAAUAAAACUCCCUUUAUGUAGAAUAGUACUCAGGUUGGUCUCUUACUGAAUAAUAGAACAGGUUUAGUUUCCAUUGUGGUAUCAGGCUAGUGGUUAAGUCAGUGAUCCCAGUGCAACUCUUUCUUCUCAGAGAAUUUUUGGGUCUGGAGGACUGUAGUUUCGUAGUCUACAUUUCAGAUCAGCAGUGAUCCAUGAAGUCAAAAGCUGCCAAAAAGACGGUUGUUAGCCAAUAACACCUCAUAGAAGUUUACCAUCAAUUGCAGUGUUUUUCCAAUACACCAUAUGGUUCAGUAAAACCAGUAUCUUUACUUAGGUAUAGGAGCAUUCAAACAUGAAAAGAAAAUAACAGCUAGAAAUGUGGGGUGUCCAGUUAGUUAUAUAAAAGUUAAUAUCUGGUUUAGAAGCCUAGUACUUAGAUUUAUGUUUAAAGAUAAUUUAAAUUUCAAAAUUAAUUUUCUAGAUUAGGGUGUUUUUGGUGAUUGAAAUAAAAUCUGCUUUCAAUCUUUUUAAGAUUGAGAAAGACUAUAAACUUGUAGUAAAAAGUAGCAUGCAUUCUGGUAAGCCAUAGUUGAAAUAAUUUGGCUUGGUUUGUGGAAGGUGUCUACAAUUUAAGACAGUGUCACAUUACAUGAAGUUUCUAACACUUGUUGAAUAGACUAGGCCUAGUUUACCCAGGUCCCUUUACUUGAUUUUUUAAAAUUCAGAUUACUUUUUCUUUUUACCAACUCCUAUUCUUUAGAAAGUAAGGCCUUUUACUUGUGAUAUUGGAGUGGCCAAUUUGUUUCAAGCCUUCCAAAACAAUCAUAGGAUUACUUGUGAGGAAGGAUGUCAUCCACAUUUAAAUGAUGUUUUAAAAAUUAAGAUUCUAGUUCUGUUAACAAAAAUUUUUCAUUUGAAUUGAAACUUGUCGUUUUCCAAUUUAGCAGGCAGGCAGCCUAGGCCACGGAAGGGUAAGUCCUUCAUUUGCAUGGUGUGUGCAGGUUUUCCUGACUCUUGCAUUUACCUUCUAAUAAUCAGAUUUGAAAUUCACAUUUGUCAUUUUUGACAUUAGUUUGUGUUGCUGGAAUAUUGUGACUAACCUGUUAAGGAGAGAAACCAAAUUUCCUUAAAUCUGUUCAAGGCUGACAUUCAGAAAUCUUAAGACUAAAAGAAACUUACCAAAUUCAUUUUGAAAUGCAGUAGACAAGAUGAUCAAGAACUGAUAUGACACUGGGUAAAAAGAACUUUUUUACUUCCUAUAUUCUUACUGAAAUGUUAUAGGGUUAGUGUUUGUUGUUUAAGCACCUAAGAUAAGUACUCAGCUUAAAAUGAAUCCAUGUACAUUUUGGCUGAUUAUGCCAAAAGUUAAUGACUUUAUAUGUUGUGGCGUCAUUUAUAAUUGCAUGUUCCUUCUGGGUUAUGAUUAAAAAGCAAAGUUAACUGAAAUUUCUAGUAUAUUUAUCUUGUGAAUGUCAGCCAUGAGCUUAGUGUGUGACAUAUUCUCACUUGCAGUUAUUCAUUGUGCAUGGUGAGUGUUAAUGCAUCUCAACAAAAUAAUCAACUUCUGCUGAUCUUUUACUCUGCCAAAAGAAAUCUUUUGCUAAAUACUUUCAAAGCUUUAUUGACUUGGAGAUUUUUUUUGCUGAUUAGCUAGGUUUGUUUGGCAUUUGUUGGACAAAACCCAACAACCCAGAGUAGAAGUUUGAGAUUAGAAAAAUAAAAUGGAUAUUGAAGGUUUUAAACCUAUUGUACUGGUAAAUCAUUUCCAAGGCACUUUUUUCUCCAUGUAUGUCUUGACCAAUAUUGUAGCUUUGUGUACCUAAACACUCCAAAUAUUGCUUCGGUUCUAUUAUAGUAACAAUAUAUCAUAAGUUUGUUAGGCACAGUGGUCAGCUUGUGAACUUUAUAGAUGCUUUUGUCUAAAUAGGCUUAACAAAAGGGACCUAAAUUUACUCUGUAUUGUCCCUAAAUUUAGCUCAAUAAAUGUAAGAAUAGCCACAUUUAUAAGAGGCAGAUCCUAAAGCUGCUUGUAAACUAUAUCACCAAAAUGUGCUUCAUGUGUAUUUUAAAGUGUGAAAAAUUGUGAAGCAAGGUGUAAUCUCUGCCUAUUCUAGACUAAUAAUGGUGCUUGUGGAGUGCUAUAGUUUUGUGUUUGUUUUUAAACUCUUAGAUAUUUGAGAGCCUGUUUACACAUUUUUGUUAACAAAUCAAGCUUUUUGACACUCUGUUAAACUCUUGUAAACACACUCCUGUUUUGGUGCUUUUUUAGUUAUUUAAAAAACAAAACUUGUCAGUUACCAGUGAUUUCUAGAAAUUAUCUUUGCCACUAUGUAAUACUUACUGUAGACCAUGGGUCUUUGGAAACAACUGUUCUACAGUAAGUAAUAUAAUUCAGCUAAAACACCUUAGGAUACAAUAAGUGAUCGUUAUUACUUUGCUGUGGAGGAUUCAAGUUGAUGUCCACAAUUAUUGCACUUUGUUGAGAAUGCCUUUGUAGUAACUUGGUUUUCAAGCUUUUUUUUUUUUUUUUUGCUUAUAGUGUUCAUCUGAUAUAAACAACUUAAAUGGAAGUAUAGAUAAUACACAGUAGUCCUAUACAGAACUUAAUCCUAUUUUGUUACAUACAUAUUUAAAAAGUAGACCUUGUUAGAUGUUUAGUCUCGUACUGAUCUGUGUACCUAGGGCUCAUUAAUAUAUUUAUGAAUAGGUAAGGUUCAUUUCUUAGACUUACAGUAUUGGUGUCCCCUGCUCUACUGCAGAGAUAUUUUUUUUUUUAAUGACCCCCUCCCUUUUAGAACUAUAGUGUUUAGGGCUAAAUAGCCUGAGACUAAAUAUUGUAAAAUAUCUAUUGUUCUAUGUUAAGCUAUCCCACUAAUUGUUUCGAUGUAACUGUUUUAAUUAAAUAAACUUGUUUCUUUGGGUCUGGUUUCAUACUGA